GGGUGGAUGGGUGGAGGGCGUGAUCAGACCCACUGAUGCACUCGACAAACUCAGUUGUAAAUAGACCCGCCUUCCUUCAGCCCCGAGAAUAACCGAAACAGGAAACCAUCGCGCGGCGCAGGUCUCUCUCCAGCUCCCCGAUGCGCGAGCUGACGCUCGAAAACGCUCGGAAACGCGUCUCCAGCUCCAGCAGCAGCCCGGAGGACAAGAUAGGACCCGGUUACGCAGAUGAGCUCCUUCUAUGAGGACGCGGAGCUGCAGGGGGAGCUGCAGGGGGAGCUGGGGGCAGCUCCCGAGGAGGACCUGCAGUUUGAGUACCUGUUUGAGUAUGAGCCGCCCUGCAGCAGCUUUGCUGGGGGACAUCAAGAUGACCCCAACCUUGCGUCUCACAAAGUGCACAGUCCUGACUCUGAGCAGGCCUUCCCCCUGGACGAGAGCUCGCCCUACAAGAGCAAGUCCUGCAGCCCCCCCUUCACUGGGUACGACCACCCGGAGGCCCAGAGCUACCUGGAGAACAUCCGGCCGGCGGGCCUGGCCCUGAGCCCCCGCAUCGAGAUCACGCCGUCCCGGGAGCACUACAGCCAUGGCCGGGACAGCCUGCAGAACCAGCAGGUGAACAUCAGCCCCCGGCCCACCCUGACCGUGCCCGGCCAGGACGGCCCGGCCUACCGGGAGCCCCAGUGCCUGAGCCCGGCCAGCAGCAACUCCUCGGCCAGCUGGCACUCGGAGAGCUUCUCCCCCUGGGCGUCCCCCUGCGUGUCCCCCGGCAGCGGCGGCCACAACCCCGGUGACCUCUGCCCCCGGCUGCAGAACAUCCACACGGGCUCCCCCCGCACCUCCCCGGGGGCGUCCCCCCGCGCCAGCCUGGCCGAGGACGGCUGCCUGGGCCCCCGGUCCCCGUCCCCCCGGGCCGGCUCCCGCUCCGCCUCCCCGCAGGGGAAACGCACCUACCAGAUGUACAGGAACCCAGCGCUGGUAUCCGGGCACCGCUCCCGCAGCCCGUCCCCUCACGGCGGCCACGAGGACCCGCUGGAACACCACUACCCCCACGGCCUGGCCGACGGCCUCAACGGCUACGGCCACGGCCAGCCGGGCCUGCUGCCCACCAAGAUAGUCAAGACUUCCAACCAGGUCUACACUCUGUACCAGGAGAACCACGGGGACGGGAACUACCUGAUGUCCUGUGAGCAGGACGGGAAAGCCAAACCUUCUGCCGAGCCGUUCUUCGUCAUCCCCCCAAUCUGGCCCAAGCCACUGGUCUCCAGUAUCUGCAGCAUCCCGGUGGCCUCGCUGCCCCCUCUGGAGUGGCCCAUUCCCAGUAGCAUCAACCAGUACGAGCUCCGCAUUGAAAUGCAGCCCAAGCCGCACCACAGAGCUCACUAUGAGACGGAGGGAAGCAGGGGAGCAGUCAAGGCCCCCACGGGGGGCCACCCCGUCGUGCAGCUACACGGCUACAGAGGGAAGGAGCCGCUGGGCCUGCAGAUCUUCAUCGGUACGGCGGACGAACGCGUCCUCAAGCCUCACGCCUUCUAUCAGGUCCACCGGAUCACCGGCAAGACCGUCACCACCACCAGCUUUGAGAAGGUCGUCAACGGCACCAAAGUCCUGGAAAUCCCACUGGAGCCAAAGAAUAACAUGAAAGCAAUAAUUGACUGUGCUGGAAUUCUGAAGCUCCGGAACGCUGACAUCGAGCUGAGGAAGGGCGAGACGGAUGUUGGUCGGAAAAACACCAGAGUUCGUCUGGUGUUCCGCGUGCAUGUCCCUCAGCCUGGAGGACAGCACAUGUCCCUGCAGGUCGCCUCGCAUCCCAUCGAGUGCUCCCAGCGCUCAGCACACGAGCUUCCCAUGGUGGAGAAGCAGGACAUGGACGGCUGCUCUGUCCUGGGCGGCCAGCAGAUGAUCCUGACCGGGCAGAACUUCAGCUCCGACUCUAAGGUGGUUUUUCUGGAGAAAACCCAAGAUGGACAGCAAAUCUGGGAAGUGGAGGCAACGGUGGACAAAGACAAGAGCCAACCUAACAUGCUGUUUCUGGAGGUACCGUCUUACCGGGAUGCAUCUGUUUGCCAUUCUGUCAAAGUCAACUUCUACGUCAUCAAUGGCAAGCGAAAGCGCAGCCAGCCUCAGCAUUUCACCUACACUCCUCUGGCAUCUCCAUCCAUCAAGACUGAACCUAUAGACGAGUAUGAGUCGGAGCACAUGGGCUUCCCAGUGCCGCAGAUCUUUGGCUUACCGCCCCAUUCUUACUACCAAAGCCCUCACGGCGUCCUGCACUCGGACAAUGGCCUGAUCUCUGGCAUGGCUUCCUGCCAGCGUCUCGGCUCCAGCCUCCCGGGCCAAGACGCGCGUUUCCGGCAGCAGAGCUCGGCUAUCAUCUACUCGCGGGGUGGAAAGAACCCGGGCUGCGGCCCUGGCGUCUGGCAGACUGGAGGGGUAAUACCUGAAGCUCACUGCUCCGUCCUGGUGCACACGGGCUCACCGGCUCAGGCUGGGGGUCCCGUCGGUGCAGGUCAACACCCCUCCAUCAUCCAGUUUUCUCCCACUAACCAGCAGCUGCUGCGUGCAGGAGACGCUCAGACUCUCCCUCCCUCCCAGCCUGCUACCCAGCAGGUUCUCUACUGUGAUGAAUAUCCCCCGCAGGGCGCGGCCACUGCCACACACCUGCAGGCGCAGGCUGCAGCCGCUGCCGCUGCCGCCACACACCUGCAGGCCCAGGCUGCAGCCGCCGCCGCCACACACCUGCAGGUUCAGGCUGCAGCCGCCUCCACACACCUGCAGGCUGCAGCCGCCUCCACACACCUGCAGGCUCAGGCUGCAGCCGCCGCCACACACCUGCAGGCUCAGGCAGCGCCGGCCCACCCGCAGCCCUGUCCCACUGUCAUCCAGCAGCAGCCCUAUGUUCAGAAGGAGCCGCAGAAGGGCCGGGCCGUGCCUGGGGCCGAGCACGUGGAGGCCCCAGGAGACGGACAGAGGACGGUGACGGUCAAAGAGGAGAAUUUGGACCAGGCUUACCUCGAUGAUGGUGAGUUGAAUGAGAUCAUAAGAAAGGAUCUGACAGGCGUGCAGGCCAGAGGGCAGACAUAAACAACGGACAUGAGGAGGAAAUGACAACACGCCCCCCUACCCCCGUUACACGCAGACACACAUGCACACACACAACCUGCAGCCUUCCAUUCAGGUGAUGCGCUUCCACUGACAAUCACAUCCUUUCUUUCCUUUUCUUUAUGCAUUGAAAAAGAAAUAUCAGUUCCUGACUGCUGUUUUUGCCCUGGAAGUUUUCCUGCAAUACACAUCUGGUAAAUAGAAGGAUUUAUUUGACUUAUAACCAGUACUGGAGUUGAGGGGGGAUGAGGGGGGACGGCAUCCCCCCCUGAAAUAAAAACGGUCCAAAUCAUCCCCCUGUAAAACUGCCAUCCCUCCUUUCCAUCCCUUAUGUCAUUUCAUCAAUGAAUGUGGUUUUACUGCUAUUUCAACAUUUAGAGUCAUCACCAGAAAAAUAACACCAGAAAAAUAACUUAUUUGACAAU